CUUGACAGUUUUUGCUUAUUACAUGCCCUUCUUCCCAAAUAGUGCUGUACUUCAUAAACAUUUAUAUAUAACUGCUUCAUUGGCUGCACUGUCAUCUUUUUGCGGCACCGAAGAAAAAAGAUUGUAGGCUUUCUUUUAAUGGCGGGCUUUUGAGGUACUAACACGCUGUAUACUCUCUGUGUGCCUUUCUCUAACUUCAGUGGGGAAAAUUUUGAUUUUUUAGCGGAUUUGUGGAUGAUUGGAUCUGGCGCGUUGGUGGGAAUUGUUGGAGGAGGGACUUAAAUUCGUGGAUUUUAAUUCAUUUCUAGGUUUCAAAUUCAGUCAGUUAUUACAAUGCCUGGAAUUAUAACAGAUGGAUCUGAGAGGGUUCAGAAGAAUGAGGAACCAAGUGAACUAAAUUCAUCUUAUAUCAAAGAAAAUAAUAGCAUUUCCAGAUCUCCAAGAGAGGUUUCUGCAAGCCCGCUUACCCCACAAAGCUCAGCCCUUGAUCUACCUAUGGAGAAUUGUGUAGACACAUCCAUUCAGCGGCUUUACGAUAAUGUAUGUGAGAUGGAGAGCUCAAGCAAUGGCUCUCCUUCUCAUAGGAGCUUCGGAUCCGAUGGCGAGGAAUCUAGAAUCGACUCAGAGCUUUGUCAUCUUGUUGGUGGUGAGGUGAAGACUACUUCAGAAAUUGUGGAAGAAGGAGAUGAGAAUGAGAUCAACAACUCAAAUAAUGAGGUAAUUGAAAGAGAAACCAAAAUUGAAGAUAGGAAAUCCCCAACUAAGUCCUCAGCUUCAUCGAAGAAGUCAAAAAAACCUUCUCGAAUGGAAUUGGAAUCUGAUGCUUCCAUGAAAUCAAGCCCUAAGAAUAAUGAUGGUGUUACAAAAUCUGUAGCAAGAGCUAUUGCUAAGAAACAAAAAGGUAGAAUUGUGGAUUCAGCUGAAGACAGCCCUGAGUUCGGGCCUUUCCUUCUCAAACAUGCUCGAGAUUUGAUCUCUUCAGACAAUCAUAGAAGGGCUCUGAAGUAUGCACUUCGUGCGGCCAAGGUGUUUGAGAGAAUAGCUAAAGGGAAACCUAAUUUAGAUCUAGUCAUGAGCUUGCAUGUCAUAUCUGCAAUUCAAUGUAGUUUGGGAAAAUAUAGCGAGGCGAUCACUUUGCUUCAGAAGUCCAUAGAGAUUCCAGACCUUGAAUUAGGACAAGAUCAUGCUUUAGCCAAAUUUUCAGGGUGUAUGCAAUUGGGUGACACUUAUGCCAUGUUAGGCCAACUUGGGAGCUCAAUUCAGUGUUAUACUACUGGUUUGGAUAUUCAAAAGCAAGUAUUAGGAGCUACAGAUCCUAGAGUUGGGGAAACUUGCAGGUAUUUGGCUGAAGCACAUGUGCAAGCAUUGCAAUUCGAUGAUGCAGAGAAGUUAUGCCGAAUGGCGCUCGACAUCCAUAAGGACAAUGGCGAAGCCUCGUCCUUAGAGGAAACUGCAGACAGGAGGCUCAUGGGUCUUAUUUGUGAUACCAAGGGUGAUCAUGAGGCGGCUCUUGAGCAUCUAGUAAUGGCAAGCAUGUCUAUGGUAGCCAAUGGCCAGGAAACAGAAAUGGCUUCGGUGGAUUGCAGCAUUGGAGACAUCUACCUCUCCUUAGCUCGAUAUGAUGAAGCUGUAAUGGCAUACCAGAAGGCACUCUCAAUCUUCAAAUCAUCCAAGGGAGAGAACCACCCCAGUGUGGCUUUGGUGUUUGUUCGCCUUGCUGAUUUGUAUAAUAAGACUGGAAAGUUUAGGGAGUCAAGGUCUCAUUGUGAAAAUGCGCAAAGAAUCUACGGUAAACCGAUACCAGGAACCACUCCAGAGGAGAUUGCAAGUGGCCUUACAGAUGUUUCAGCAAUAUAUGAAUCCAUGAAUGAGCAUGAACAGGCUCUGAAGCUGCUUCAAAAGGCUUUGAAGUUGUACAACAAUGCUCCAGGUCAUCAAAGUACUAUUGCAGGGAUUGAGGCGCAGAUGGGUGUUUUGCAUUAUAUUUUAGGAAAUUAUAGUGCAUCUUAUGCAGCCUUCAAGAAUGCAAUUACAAAGCUAAGAUCUUGUGGUGAGAAGAAGUCCGUCUUCUUUGGCGUUGCUCUGAAUCAAAUGGGGAUAGUAUGUGUGCAAAGGUAUGCUAUAAAUGAGGCUGCUGAGUUGUUUGAGGAAGCAAGGAACAUUUUUGAGCUUGAAUAUGGACCAUAUCAUCCCGAAACACUUGGAGUUUAUAGCAAUCUUGCAGGAACCUAUGAUGCCAUGGGAAGGGUAGAUGAAGCCAUCAAACUUUUAGAACAUGUUGUCGAGGUUCGGGAGGUUAAACUAGGAACGGCGAACCCGGAUGUCGACGAUGAGAAGAGGAGAUUGGCUGAGUUGUUGAAAGAAACUGGAAGAGUCAGGAACAGGAGAGCCAAGUCAUUGGAACAUCUCCUUGAUGCCAACUCUCGUACAAAAACAAAUAAAGAUACAAUUGCAGCAUAAAUUGUAAAAAGAUCUCCUGCAGAUCUUUUUUCAAUGAAAUAUUCAUUUCAUAUUGGAAAGAUAGGAGAAGGGGGACAGAAUAGAAUGGUACAAUGAUAGCUUGUUUUGGUUGUAUAUUUAUUCUUACAGAUUAUAGGAAUUAUGAAAUUUGUUUCCUGUUCUUUUCAGAAAUAAGUAGCCUCCUGCUUUGUUUUCUGCAAGCUGUUACUGUAUUGAUGAACUAUUCAGUUUUGUUGGCAAUGAAAGAAUCCCACCGUGAUUAAGCUAUCUCA